AUGAAGGCUGCGUGGGACACACUGGUAUGGUGUUAUGGCGGUGAUGCAUCAAUGAAGAAGGUAAAGCUUCAGUCUCUAUGUAAGCAGUAUGAGAAUCUAAGUAUGAAGAAUAAUGAGAAGGUACUUGACUACAUCUCUAGAGUAAUUCUUAUCACAAAUGAGAUGAAGUCGUAUGGAGAAACUCUCUUUGAAGAAAGUAUCAUUGAGAAGGUACUUAGAUCUCUUACUCCUCAAAUUGAUUACAUCAUGGUAGCAAUUGAAGAUUCUAAGGAUCUUAGCACCAUGAGAAUUGGAGAGCUUCAAAGUAGUCUAGAGGCACAAGAGUUUCGUCUUCCUGAGAGAAACUCUGAAAUGGAGGUAGAGCAGCAAUCUCUGAAAGCAGCUUCUAAUAAGAAAUAUCAUAAGCAGUCUUGGUCAGAAGUGAGGAAGAGAUUUGAUGGUGUUCAAAAUUCAUAA